GCACAUUGACAAAUUUUUUUAAAAAAGAUGACAUCUACGGCAAUAAUUCCACGCGGAAAGCAGACAUUGAUUUGGCGUUGGCAAGAAUGGUUGCUAUAGAUGUACAACCAUUUCGCAUUGUCGAAGAUCAAGGAUUUAGAGAGCUCGUUCGGUGUCUUGAUUCUCGAUAUGAACUACCAUCUCGAAAUACCAUUCUGAAUGUUCAUAUACAAAGGCUUUAUGAAAAUGGUAAAACUAAAUUACAGGCCAUUCUUAAUGAAAUUGAAAGCUGUGCUAUAACCACUGAUUGUUGGUCGUCGAAGGCAAAUGAAAGCUAUUUGACCGUUACGUGUCAUUUCAUUGAUGGCGAUUUCAAAAUACGAUCGGCAGUUUUAACGACAUCAAAGCUCGCUAAUGAACUCAACCAUUCAGCUGCAAACAUUUCAGUAUCGUUGCGUGAGUGCCUGCAAAAAUGGAAUAUAUUCCAAAAAGUCAACUGCGUGGUUACAGACAACGCUGCAUCAAUGAUUAAAGCCUGUGAGCUGCUUCAGAAGAGGCAUCUGCCGUGCUUUGCUCAUUCCAUCAAUCUUGUAGUACAAGAUCUUUUGUGUACUGAAAAAGUAAAAGCAUUAUUGUCGAAUUGCAAACGCAUUGUAGCAUAUUUCAAAAGCAGCACUAUUGCAUAUGCAAAAUUAAAGAAAGAACAGGGUAGUGAAAAACAGUAUAGCCUGAUUCAAGAAGUUUCAACAAGAUGGAAUAGCGCGUUUGCUAUGGUUCAGCGAAUUUUACUUAUUAAGGAUGCCAUCUUUGCAGUGCUUUUAAGAACACCAAAAGCGCCACCAGUUCUAACAGCAGAGGAAAUAGAGCAACUUCAAGACGUAUGUUUAUUGUUGGAACCAUUCAACACAUAUAUAAGCAUUUUAUCGGGUAAUAAAUAUGUGACGAUUUCGCAUGUAAUUCCCAUUGCAUGGGGAUUGCACUCAACGUUAAUGAAGCUUCAAUCAAAAUUGAAAACUUUUGUUGGAUCGGAAGCACAGUUAUACUUAUGCGACAAAAUUAAACAGAGGCUGUUUCCAUAUGAAUCCAGAAGUGCUACUAGAUUAGCCACCUUGCUAGAUCCGAGAUUUAAAAAAGAAGGGUUUCAGUCAGGUCAAAAUGCGGCCCAAGCGUCUAUGUUGCUGGAAAACGAAUUGGUUGAAAUCGACAGAAUUGCAGCAUCGUCAUCGAAUGACAACAGAGAGGAACCGUCGACAUCAAAAAGCGUUAAAAUUCCACAGAUUUAUGAAUUUUUGACAGAGAAGCUAUCCAGCAAAGUCAAAUCCAACAGAGCGGAUGCUAUCAUCACACUACGCGAAUACACUGAAAAACCCAAUGAGCCGCUAGAUGUAGACCCAUUGGAAUACUGGAAGAUCGACUGAAAUGAAGUCAAUGCAAAUCAUGGCAUGCAAAUAUUUGUGCAUUCCGGCAACUUCAACGGAGUCUGAGCGUAUGUUCAGCAAAGCUGGAGAAUUAGUCUCAGACAGACGAACAAGA